CGUCGUCAAGGAUAGUAGUACAGUAGAAAACAGAACGUAAGCGGCCGCAACCUUCCUCCGCUUCCCCCGCACCGGCACACCGUCUUCUCCCCGGCCGGCACCGGCCACCGUCUCCUCCCUCCUCCCCCAUCCGACCAUCGCGUCGCAUCCCCCCGAAGCGAAUCGAUCGAAUCUGAUUUCCCAUCCGAUCCCUCUCACAAUCGCUAAACCAAAAUCCAAGAAACCGCGAGAAGAGAAUCUCCAAGAAUCCAAGAACGAUUCUUGCGCCAUGGACAUGGACCCGCUACUGCUGACGCACCUCCACCCGCUGCCGGAGCACUCGCCAGUGUCCACCUUCUCCCCACCCCCUUCCCCGUGCCCCUCCCCGGCCUCCUCCUACAAGGACCGCAUCAUCUUCGGGGCCCACCCGCCGCCGCCGCCGCCGCCUCCUCCGCCCCCGCCGCCGCGCUACGCGCACCAGCGCCGCAUCUCCGUCGACGGGAACGACUUCGACCUGCCGUCCUGCUCCUCGUCCCCGCCCACGCCGCCCUCGGACCCUGAGGACCCCUCCUCCGCCUCCGCCGGCGGCGCGCCCUCGCUUUUCGACUUCCUCGCCAGUGCCGCCGGCGCCCGCACCAACCUCCACCGCUCCCGUACUGCGCCGGCCAUGGCGCCGCUCAGCGCCGCGGCGCUCGCGGCGGCAGUGGCGGCCGGGGACCAGCCGCCCGCUCCGCCGCGGAGGCCGGCCAUCGUGCUGCACGCGUUCCUCUUCCUGCUCGCCUACCUCGCCCUUGGCGUCACCUUCUACGCCGCCGCGCCGGCCAACUUCACCUCCUCCGCCGGGCCCACGCACCCCGUCGUUGACGCGCUUUACUUCUGCAUCGUCACGCUCUGCACCAUCGGCUACGGGGACAUAACGCCGGCGACCCCCGCCGCCAAGCUCUUCUCCAUCUCCUUCGUCCUCGUCGGCUUCGGCUUCGUCGACAUCCUCCUAUCCGGCAUGGUCUCCUACGUGCUCGACCUCCAGGAGCACCUCCUCCUCACCGCGCUCAAGAACCCACGCUCCGCGCGCAAGCAUCGCCACAACUACAUCUUUGACGUCAAGAAGGGCCGGAUGCGCAUUCGCAUGAAGGUUGCGCUCGCGCUGGGCGUCUUGGCCAUCUGCGUGGGCGUCGGGGCAACAGUGCUCAGGAAAGUGGAGAGCCUGGGGUGGCUCGAUGCAGUUUACCUUGCGGUGAUGUCGGUGACCACAGUCGGAUAUGGCGACCAGGCUUUCCGGACGCUGACUGGGCGGCUUUUUGCUUCCGCCUGGCUGCUUGUAUCAACCCUGGCCGUGGCAAGGGCGUUUCUCUACUUGGCAGAGAUGAGGAUUGACAAGAGGCACCGUGCAAUGGCUAACUGGGUGUUGUCAAGAGAUAUGACUGUGUCAGAGUUUCUCGCUGCAGACAUCGACAACAAUGGAUAUGUCACGAAAUCAGAAUUCGUAGUUUAUAAGCUCAAGGAGAUGGGGAAGAUUUCUGAAAAAGAUAUCAUGAUGAUCUGCGACCAAUUCCAAAGGCUGGACACAGGAAAUUGUGGAAAGAUUACGCUUUCAGCUCUUCUCGAGAGUCAUCACUCGGUUGCCGAUCCCAGGGACAAGAAAAAGGGGAAGAAAUUAUAACGGAUGUCGUGAGAGACGCAAAAUUCAUAGAGCAGUGUAAGAAUUUUGGGGCCAGAAAAUACGCAGAUGAGCAAAGCUAGAAUAGGGAGGCUUUCUCCUAUACCAGAAUGCGUAAGCUGGAACCUUUUGAAGGCUAGAUUAGCUCCGUAGAUGUUGUAAUUGCCCUCCGGUUAUGAUUCAACUCUAGAAAGGCUGGAACGAUCAUUGCUGCUGGGGAGAAUUAUGAAAAUACCAUCGCAAAAGAGCCCGAGUUGGAGUAUACUAUCAGAAAGUUCACGAGGUGGAAAGUGCCAUUGCAAAAUGUGACGUGAGCUGCUAAAUGCUAUUGCCGUUCAAAAGGCUCCGUUAGAGAUAUGAAAAGUCAUUAUUGCCCUUCUUUUA